AGCUACAGGGAUGCCAAGGGGCCCUUUUAAGUGCCGGUGGAUGAAUGCCAUCCUCUCGCCUUGGAGACUGGCCAGGCUGGUUGGGUAGAAAGAGAGGGAUAGCUAAUUAACCUAGAAGAGCCCCUGUAUCAGCUCUAAUGGAACUCUUCUUUGAAAAGGCAGGAGUUGCAGUCAACCGUUUUACCUGCUUCACCGCUGCCAAAGUUCUCUUUCUCCGUCUCAACAGUAUUCAGAAGUUAUCAACAAUUGCUCUAGCACUUGGAGUAGAAAGGACAAGAACUGAACUGCUGCCAUUCCUUACAGAUACAAUUUAUGAUGAAGAUGAAGUACUGUUAGCCCUUGCUGAGCAGCUGGGAAAUUUCACUGGCCUGGUGGGAGGUCCUGACUUUGCCCACUGUUUGCUGCCUCCUUUGGAAAGUCUGGCGACCGUGGAAGAGACUGUGGUUCGAGACAAGGCUGUGGAAUCCCUAAGGCAGAUCUCUCAGGAGCAUACUCCUGUUGCCCUGGAAGCUCAUUUUGUACCUCUGGUGAAACGCCUUGCAAGUGGGGAUUGGUUCACUUCUCGCACAUCUGCGUGUGGUUUAUUCAGCGUUUGCUAUCCCAGGGCUUCGAAUGCUGUCAAAGCAGAAAUUAGACAGCACUUCCGUUCCUUGUGCUCAGAUGACACACCAAUGGUACGCCGUGCUGCUGCUUCCAAAUUGGGUGAAUUUGCAAAGGUGUUAGAAUUAGAUAGUGUGAAAAGUGAAAUUGUUCCAUUGUUCACUAACCUAGCUUCAGAUGAACAGGAUUCAGUGCGCCUCCUAGCUGUGGAAGCUUGUGUCAGUAUUGCCCAGUUACUGUCUCAGGAUGACCUUGAGGUUUUGGUGAUGCCUACACUUCGACAAGCAGCGGAAGAUAAAUCUUGGAGAGUUCGCUAUAUGGUAGCUGACAAAUUUUCAGAGCUCCAGAAAGCUGUGGGUCCUAAGAUCACCCAAAAUGACCUCAUCCCCGCCUUUCAGAACCUGCUUAAAGACUGUGAAGCUGAAGUCCGAGCAGCUGCUGCCCACAAAGUAAAAGAACUUUGUGAGAACCUGCCUAUUGAAGGUAGAGAGACCAUUAUUAUGAAUCAAAUUCUACCCUACAUAAAGGAAUUAGUAUCUGAUACAAAUCAGCAUGUCAAAUCGGCUCUAGCUUCUGUAAUUAUGGGAUUGUCUACCAUUUUGGGCAAAGAGAAUACCAUUGAACAUCUUCUGCCCCUUUUUUUAGCUCAGUUAAAGGAUGAGUGUCCUGAAGUUCGCUUGAAUAUCAUCUCUAAUUUGGAUUGUGUAAAUGAAGUGAUUGGAAUCCGUCAGCUCUCUCAGUCUCUCCUUCCUGCCAUAGUGGAGCUGGCUGAAGAUGCCAAGUGGAGGGUCCGGCUGGCCAUCAUUGAAUAUAUGCCACUGCUGGCGGGCCAGCUGGGUGUGGAAUUCUUUGAUGAAAAGCUGAAUUCUUUAUGUAUGGCCUGGCUUGUGGACCAUGUAUAUGCCAUCCGUGAAGCUGCCACCAACAACCUCAUGAAACUAGUUCAGAAGUUUGGUACCGAGUGGGCCCAAAAUACCAUCGUUCCCAAAGUGUUAGUAAUGGCGAAUGAUCCUAAUUAUUUGCAUAGAAUGACCACUUUAUUCUGCAUUAAUGCGCUGUCUGAAGCCUGUGGUCAGGAAAUAACUACUAAGCAGAUGCUGCCCAUCGUAUUGAAAAUGGCAGGAGACCAAGUAGCGAAUGUCCGUUUCAACGUGGCCAAAUCUCUACAGAAAAUUGGACCAAUUCUAGAUUCUGGCGCUUUGCAGGAGGAAGUUAAGCCGGUACUACAGAAGUUAGGCCAAGAUGAAGACAUGGAUGUCAAAUACUUCGCACAAGAAGCUAUAAGUGUGCUGGCGUUGGCAUGAUGAGGAACAGGAGGGAAAAAGACUUUACCAAAUUCUUAUCACAGGUUUCUAGUCAAUGUGUUCUUAAACUGGGUGGAGAAAAAAUGGAAAACCUUCAAGACCUCAUCUAAGCAAAUGGAACAACUUAAAGAAAUCAAAUUUCUGUGACUUGAUUCUUUCUGAAGAUGAAAUGGAAUUGUUUUUAUUUGUCUUCCUUGUUGGGAUAAUUAUGUUUAAACCAUUCUUAUUGUUUGUGAUCAAUUCCUGACACUCAGUACAAUCAUUUCUUGAUUGUCUCCUAACGAAUUGUCUGGCACUAUCUGGGCUCCUGCAUCCUUGCUGUUUCAUGAGGCCCUGGCCACUUAAUGUUUCUGACCACGCCUGAAUGGGUUGGGACCCAGACAUGGAGUGCGGUGAUUCUCUUGGUGUUUACAUGUAUCUGUGUGUCUCUCCAUCAUUCCAAAGUUAAAUGUACAUGGUUUAGAAUAACUUGUAAGCACUCUAUUUGGGAGACACAUUUUCCUGGAUGAUCUGCAUUAGUGUCUUACAUAAAAGGGGAAUGUGGAAGCUCAGAAUUCAUGUGUUGAUUGUUUUGUUUUUUAUUUGCUUGGUUUUGACUGUAAUCAUGUCAUUUGGAAACCUGAAGUACAGAUGUAUCUUGCUACUAAUGUGUGAUGUUGAAAUCGGACUGAAUUUCCACAGCUUACCACUAUGAGUGCAUUCAAAAAUACUGCUCUCCCCUGAGAAAACUUAAAAUUCAGUGCCUCCUAAUCAGUAUAAAACCGCAGUUUUGUAUUUCUAACCACUGGUCUAACACUGUGAGGCUUUCCUGCUCUUCAGUUGUUCUGCUUCCAGCUGUGUUAACAUCUGGUCCUUGCUACAUUGUAUAGAAGUAGCUUUCCAACUGAAGUUUCGUUUAUGGGUGAUGCUGGAAUCUUAUCAUUUGAAACCUUUGUUUUUCUGUUGUUACAGUAAAACCUCAUUAAUUCCUCCUGGAACUUAAGAUAAUGAAUUAAUCUGAAGGGAGGGUUUGCUGAAGCAAAUUAAUAGUAUGUAAGGAAGCCUAUUGGGUCUGAACUGAAACGAUUUUAAAGCUCUCUUUAAAAAUCACCCUUUACCAGUUGGAUAUGCCAGUUAUUAGUCACUCUUUUCAAUUAUAUUAAAAUACCAUUCAUGAGAAUUUUUAUAAGGCCACACCUUUUUUCAAAAGAUGCAUUCAGUUUACUCUUUAUCCCUGAAAUAUACACAUUUGUAUUUCAUGGAGAAGUUAAAUAUUUUUUCAUCUAAAUUUAUCUGCAUUUUUACCUACUCAAGCUUGCCUUGUCCCUAAUGAAUUUUAGUUAAUGAGGUUUCAUUGUAGCUCAUUUUUCUCUCAGUGCAUCCUGCUCUGUAGUUUCCUUGUUUCUGUUUUGGUUUUGGAAUUGUUUCUUCCAAUCACAGCCUCUUUUAAACCCAGGGAGCCCUGGUCUGUUUUUUGAAGUCUCAAAGAUGCCUGUAAAACUUCGUACCAGUACAUAAAGCCAAGUUUGAGCAAAUUACUUUCAAGCUUGUCCUACCUUAGAAAAACAUUUUAAGUCAGAAAUGACCUGCCUGUAUUUAAAACGGCCGAAUUACCUUAUAGAAAUUUUCUAUUUUAUUGUUUUUUGAGCAAAAGAUUAAAUAUUUUCCUAAGCAAAAAAUCUUUUCUACAUUCUCAUUUUAUAUCUUAAACUAUUAUGUUGUAAACAUUUAAUUUGUUUCAUGGUUCUUUUUAUUUUUUUAUUACUUGUAGGUUGUGUUCCUCUUCAUUGAAUUUCAUAUUUGAGAGACUAUUGUUGAUUCUUGAAACAAAUUUACAGAACCAUUGCUUUACACUUAGGUAGAAAUGCCGUUGGUUUUGGGAUAUGCCCUUCUGUACUCCCCUGGGAGCCCUGUGCAUUGACCUUUGGCUCUAGGACUGUGGUACACGGGAGCCCCUUGCUUUCUUAGGCAUGGGUCAGGGAUUUCAAUAGGGGCUUGUCUUCUUAAGUGACUCCUUAGGGACUUCAUUGCUUCUUUCUGAAUUAAACAGUAGGGAAUUCCUUUAGUUACUGCUAGAGAAGUUUUUUGGCUCAUAACUUGGUGAUAUUCUCCAUGAGUUAGUUUUCUUACCUUGAUUUCACUAGAAUGUAAGCUCCAGGAGCUCUGUAAGGGCAGGGAUUUUUGUCUGUUUUGUCUUCUGUAUCACCAGCGCCUAGAUCGGUGUCUGGUGUACAUAAUAGGUGCUCAAUAAAUACGUGUUCAAUGAAUUUCUAAAAUCUGUCCUCUGAUGUUUUGCAUUCAUGGAACAAGUGAUCAAAGAUACCAAACUACAUUACAUUCUCCCACUGACACAAUGAAAGGAUUUUACUGCUCUUAAGAAAUGUUUUAUAUGACCUUUCUUUAGUCCCGCAUCUUAGGCAACAGGUCCACUUAGAUUUGUACAAUUGCCUCAAAUGUAGAUUACUGUAAUUUUUUUCAUCCUAGGCAGUUUAUAUCAGUUGUUUGGUCGAUUAGGAUAGUGAAGCAGAGACAAACAUACAAACCUAUGUCAAUAAAGUCUCAUCAACAAUGAAA